AUGAGUAUGCUCAUAGUGUUGUUGCUACCCCUCUUUCACAAAUCCUACGUAGAUGGAUUUUGUUCUAUCGAGGCUUCAAGAAGGUCUUUACCCAAAUACAACUCACCCAAUCGACACCGAGUCGGCAAGGUUCCCAAGACGGUACUCUUUAGCUCCAGCUAUGGAAGAGGGGCCGAAAUAUGGCCUCCUGCCAACGAAGAGCCAGUCCGAUUGGAACAAUCCUUUCCCAAUGGGAUCCUGCCGGACGAAGUCGUCCAGACUUUUGCCAGUCUUUCCUCGGAAGGAGGGGCCACUACUCCACAAUCCACAAGCAUUGAUAGCAAAAAACAGCGACGAAUCUAUGUACCAAGGGCCAUUGGUAGGAUUUUGCGCCGCGCUGCCUAUGCACAAGAAGAAACCGAAUCCGAAGGGACAACCUCCUCAUCCAUGGAAAAAACACCCAUUCUCGUGGCAGCUGCCUUGGUCUUGUCGGGGAUGAUUCGACCAUUGGAUGCUCUACUGGUGUCCUUUCUCACGGGAUACUUUGUCAUUUUGUUCCUCUGGGCACGAUCUCUUCGACGUGAUGGAGUGACGCCAGUGAUGCCCUCAUUGCCCCCACAGGGACAUGUCCCCAAUCUUGUCUCCAAUCCGCUGGGGCCUGGGUUGACGUCCUUUUCGUGGAGUUAUGACUUUUGGCUCAAGACAGGAGCUUUGUUGGGCCUGGCAGCGCCACUGGCAAUGAUGCUGCGCUAUGCCUUGACCGACCGAUUGGAUUGUGCCCGAGCAUGUGCCAGGCCCAUCUUUUUCAUGUGUUGUCAGGCCAUCAGUGAAGCUGCGUCGAGACGAUCUCUGACACCACUGCCCAUUCGCAUUUUGAUUCCAGUUGCCUACAACACUAUCAGAUUAGGAUAUCUAUGGAGUUGGGUUUUCCAACCGUUGGCAUUAGGCCACCUGGGGCAGGCUGUUGCCAUUGCCAAUCUAGCGUAUUGGGCGACCAACCUAUUUGGUUUCUUGAUUCCAGUUGCCACGGUUCGAUACAUGAGGGCACAUUUCUUUGCAGUCGAAGCCGAACAAGUGACCACUCGCGCAUCCAUGGAAGAUUCUGCUGGCCUAAUGUUCUAG